AUGGAGGUACAGCAACAAGAAAUGAAGUCUCUUGGAGUCUUUGAUAUCUACAGAGAAGCCUACAAGAUCAUUCUGUCACGGAGGAAGAUCUUCACCCAAAUCACCUUUGCCCUGAUCCUCCCACUGUCCUUCAUUUCCUUAGCUCAUACUCUAUUAUCUAACACUCUGUUCCCCAAAAUCACUGAUCAGAAUCAAAAAGAUUUGGCUGAAACCCAAGUCCCCAAUUCCAACUACGCCAACAUAUUUGAUCUUCUCUCGUCGAUAUCUGCCUCCUAUUGGCUUCUCCAGGCUGCAUACACCAUCUUCUCUUUUAUCCUGUACCUCCUAUCCACGUCCGCCAUAGUUUACACCAUGGCUUGCAUCUACUCCGGUCGGGAAGUGACUUUUAAGCUGGUUAUGAGCGUAGUGCCAAAGGUUUGGAAGAGACUCAUGGUCACAUUCUUCACAAUCUUUCUGGCCCUCUGCACUUACCACGUGGUUGCCUUUCUAGUCUUAGCUUUAGUAGCAGUGUUGAUUGCAUUUGGCCUUAAUAUUAAUGUGGGAUUGGUGAUUUUGUCGGUUGUUGUGGUGUUGUACUUGAUGGGUUUUCUUUACAUGAGCAUAGUUUGGCAAUUGGCUAGCACAAUAUCGGUGUUAGAGGACUCAUAUGGGUUUCAAGCCAUGAAAAAGAGUAACCAACUAGUCAGAGGCAAGGUGGGUAUGGCAACCUUCAUCUUCUUGAAGCUGGGUUUAGUCUAUUACAUGCUACACAAGGCAUUGGAGAGGGUGGUGUUGCAGGGAGAGCCACUGGGCAUGGUGAAUAGGGUGGCUUUUGCAAAUGUGUGCUUAUCGUUACUUUCGUUGUUGAGUCUCUUUGAACGUGUCAUUCAGACUGUUAUCUACUUUGUUUGCAAAUCCCACCACCACGAAAAUAUUGACAAGUUGGCUCUAUCGGAUCAUCUCCAGGUUUACACCCAAGAGUAUUACAUUCCUUUAAAGGGCGACAAUCUUCAGUUAAAGCAGUUCUAUAUAGGAUGA